UAAUCGAGAUAUAUACACUUAUUAGUUUCUGUCUUUCUGAUAUGUUUCUCUGCGAAUGGAUGACAUGAAUGAAUCUUUCAGAGUUUUGUUACCUUGCUGUGUUACAUCUUCUCUCUUGAGCUUGGUUACGUGCCGCCAACCCUGAUUCAGCCGUGUCCCACUGCACUCCAUCAUGGAUAGUCAUGAAUAUAGUGAGCUGGAGAGGGCGUCAGGUGACAAAAGCAUGGGUCCAAUCGUCAUUCCUUACUCGGUUUUCAAGGCCAUCACAAACAAUUUCUCUGCUGAUCAACUAAUCGGCAGUGGUGGGUUUGGAGUGGUUUACAAGGGUACGCUUCGAAAUGGUAUGAUGGUUGCUGUGAAGAAACUUCGUAAUGAACAGUUGGAGGUUCUCUCACAAAAUUUCGACAGUGAGGUCGAUUGUCUCAAAAAGGUCAAGCACAAAAAUAUAGUACGGUUUCUAGGACACUGCUCUAACACGCAAAUGGUGCCGAUGCUAUAUGAAGGAAAAGAAGUCUUGGGAGUAGAACGAGAAAAGUUAUUAUGCUUUGAGUACCUAAGUAAAGGGACCCUCGACAAGUACUCCCUCCGUUACGGUUUAGAAGGCACUGUUAAAUUUACGUGCGUUUCCACAAUAGACAAGAUUUAAGGCGCAUUGCAUUUAUUUCUAGUAGCUAAUUAGUACUCCGAUAUACUAUUUUUAUAUACAUGCGUAGUGUGAAUGCUAUUUUUUAGCCUAUCCAACAACCAAUAGAUAACCACCUAGAUCCUAGAGAAUUUUCAAACGCGCCUUCUAAACCGUGACGGAGGGAGUAUUUCAAAGGUAGGAUCAGUCACAUACUCCUACACUCCUACUUGUUGUUUUUAUGCAGCAUAUCCUUGAUGUCUAUUUUUAUUUUUUCCAUCUUAAACGGAAGUUUGGACAUUUUGCCUAUGCAAAGUGUACACAUAGUGAAGAAGCAGGUGUCUUUGCUUUUUUUUUACUGAACAUGCGUAUACUUGAUUUGCACGUCGUGCAAUCAACCAAGUUGCGUGUUUCUCCUUCUGUUGCACUGCUCUUCUGAUGGCAUAAUAACAAAUUAAAAAUAAUUAUUUCUUGUAUUUUAUACGCAUCACAGAAUGCGAACCUGAGUGGUCUACGCGAUAUCAGAUAAUCAGGGGGAUAUGCGAGGGCCUGCACUAUCUUCACCGCCACCAGCAGCGCAUUAUUCAUAUGGACCUCAAACCUCAAAAUAUACUAUUGGACGAUUAUAUGGUACCUAAAAUAGCGGAUUUUGGUCUAUCCAGGUGGUUACCUGAAAGCCAAAGCCUGAUUAUUACCAAAAAACGAGCAGGAACACUGUAGGCUACAUAAGUCCAUUUUUCUCGACAUCAUACAACACUUCUGCAUACCCAUUUAUUCAUCAAUCAAUCACUGCAUCAAUUUUCAUAAAGGGGAUAUUUGGCACCGGAAUUCAUAAACAGAGGUGAAAUGACAUUGAAGACGGACAUAUAUAGUCUAGGGGUUAUAAUCAUAAAGAUUAUGAUGGGACUUAAACUUGACGAGCGCCCCAACCUUGACGAGGUAAAAUCAUUUAAAUUACCAUUUCAAGAUACUGGCAACUCUUUUUGAAUCUAAAUUAUUUGAUAUUCAACACUUCUUAUAACUACAUGUUCUGGUUCCCUAUUUGAAAGUGCUACCCCGGAUCAAACUCUUAACACACUAUGAUUGUGAAUUGCAUAGGUGCUGGAAAGUUGGAAGAACACGUUUGGUACAUCACAGAGCCAUACACUAUUAGAACAAGUAAAAGUAUGUGCUGAGAUAUGGAUAGAUUGCACGGAUGAUAACCCACUGAAGCGACCUACAAUAGGGGAUAUUAUCUGUAGGCUUAAUGGAAUAGAUAUUCCAAACUCGUCUAGCACUUCAUCAACUCUGAUAAAUGGAGUAAAUAUUUACCCUCUCGAGCUCUGCUUUCCAUUCGAGGCAGGAAAACGUAUCGAAUGCCCACUGAGCAUAGCUAACAUGACAGAUCGUUAUGUGAACUAUUGGGUUGCACCCCAGUUCCCCAAUAUGUAUACUCCUUGUAAGCA